CUGAGCAUUGGUACAAUUCAGGCCUAGUCGGUUUUUUUGCGAACUUGAGCAGGCCGUCCUUUGUGGUAUGCAUCCAGAUCAAGCAUAAACAGGCGGAGAUCCUACCUUACUCAGCAAAUGGUUAAAUGAGGAUAGACGAGAGUACAAGCGAAGGCAUGCUCUGGCUAGUCCGACCGACUGUCUUUCUCCUUCAGUCAAUCGCUCCUUGACUCAAUCGGCUGCUACCCCAUCAAAGAGAGAGUACCCUGGUCGAAUCUCUUCACAAUCUUUGUGCAACAUGUUUGUCCUGACUUGUUACACGCACCCAUGGUUCUGACUGACAAUGGAGCCGUCAAAGCAAUCGGUAGGAUCUUCGCUACGAAAAAAGAACUUCGAGACGAACGUACGACUGUCGAUGUGAUUUUCCAUGUCUUCCGUAAAGAGAACAAUGUCCAUGGACUGUGACGCAAGAGCAACACCCGCGCGUCUUCUUGCUUGAUAAAAGAUGCAACCAGCAGCCUCCUCCUCUUGUUGCAAGAAUGGCCUUCGCAACCACACAUUGCAAUCCUCAAGACAACCGAUCUUGAAGACAACCCACCAAUCACCUACAUCACGUUCAACCAUCGUCACAGGACACUCACGCAGCAAAGACUAGGCCUUUGAACCUCCCAACACAAAGACGCAAACGAUCUGCUGUCCUCAAGAUGCCUGAAAAGAAGACAGAAACUUGCUCCUCCUGCAGCGGCACCGGCCAGUGCACCUGUCUGCGUUGCGGCGGCACCGGCUCCGAUAUAUUUGCCGAGUGCGGCAUCUGCCCUCACUGCUAUGCGAGGGGCCAAGUACCGUGCUCAGCCUGCGGCGGCAAGGGCGAAAUGACGAACUGAGUCCGGUGUCUUUUCGUGGCCUGCAUGGGAAAACAAGUCAAAAAGGCUCUUCCCGACCACGAAACCCAAGGUAUGUAGACUAGAAGCCAAACAUCGUCGUUAACCUCCAGAACAAAAAGGGCGCCAAGAUUGUGCUCUCUGGUGUCCCUUCAUAUCC